CCCUUUUCUUUUUUUUUUCUGAUUAUUAUGAGAUUAUUAUGAAACCGAAAACCAUGGACUAAAACCACCGGUAUCGAAUUCCACUGUUCCCCACCACCAACCCCACCCCCAGUUUGGCCAAAUUCCCAAGAUUUAUUUGGCCAAGCAGUCCCAAACUCCAAGAUGAAAUCUUGGAGCUUCCAAGGGUUAAAAAAACCAAAGCCUUCUUCUUGGGUUCCUUUCCUAUUGGCUGCAAAUUCAUCGACACCACAUUGCCAUUGGAGCAGCUUGUUGCCUUCUUCAGACUCUUUUCUUGAAGUUUCAGCCAAGAAAGUGAGCGAGGCCACACAAGUUCAGGUGUGUGCUGGGGCCAUCUGGAAUUGAGGCGGCCAUUAUUUAGAGGCGAAAGGAAAUGUCUGUCUCUUUCUUGUCUGAGGACUUGAGGAGGCAUCCUUAGGAGCAAACAGAAAUAUCUGGUACCAUUCUGAUGGAUAUUUCCAAUCCUUGUGUUUUAAUACUUUGAGUGCAGAAGACAAUUAAUCCUUUGUGACAAUUCUGGAUGAACAAGCAGAUACAAUUUGUCAUAAGCAGCAGUCUGAAUUCUUGAUCAUCACCAAAAAAUGUCGCUGCUAUCGAAGCUGAGAUUGGUCACGGUGGAUGUGACAGGAACCCUGAUAGCAUACAAGGGGCAGCUUGGUGAUUACUACUGCAUGGCAGCCAAAUCUGCAGGGAUGCCAUGCCCUGAUUACAAGCGGAUGCAUGAAGGCUUCAAGGCUGCAUACACCGAGAUGACUGUCAGACACCCUUGCUUUGGCCAUGCUUCCAACAUGCCCAACAUCGAUUGGUGGAAGAUGUGUGUCAAGGACUCUUUCAUCAGGGCUGGGUAUGAGUAUGAUGAUGCCACAUUUGAGAAAAUAUUCAGACGGAUUUACUCCACUUUCGGUUCCUCUGCACCCUACUCGGUGUUCCCUGAUGCUCAACAAUUCCUGAGAUGGCUGCGCAACAAUGGCUGCACCGUCGGUAUCGUCAGCAACGCCGAGUACCGGUACAAGGACGUCGUCCUACCUGCACUUGGUCUCAAUGAGGGGUCGGAGUGGGAUUUCGGGGUGUUCUCGGGGAUCGUGGGCGUGGAGAAGCCGGACAGGAGGAUGUACGAGGCGGCGCUGGAGAUGGCCGGCGGCGUGGCGGCGGCGGAGGCUCUGCACAUCGGCGACAGCAUGCGCAAGGACUACGCGCCGGCGCGGCGGGCCGGGAUGCACGCGCUGCUGCUGGACAGGUUCCGCACGGCCGAGGCGGAGGGCUGGCGGCGGUCCGGCGCCGCCGUGCUCCCCGACCUCGCCGCCGCCCGGGAGUGGCUCACCGCCGCCGCGGCGCCGCCGGCGACGGCGGCGUGGAGGAGGAGCCCGUCGUCGCAGCUGACCGCUGAGUCGUCUGAAUAAAUUGUAACGCAGCGACCAAGAAUGCGGUGGAAAAAAACAUGUGGAAUUUCACGGCAAGUUUGGAUGCAAAUCGAGAGAAUUUCACGGCAAAUCGAAUUUGGUUUGCCAAAAUCUGUGUCGAAGACUUCAAAUUCUCUGUUGUCACUUUUGUGGUGUUCGGUU